AUCGAUUCUCUUUGCGACGUUUGGUAGUGGCAGCGUUUAGCAUGUUCUGCGCAGUGACAGAGAAUUUUUGCAUACGUCUACGCGCAUAUAUACCAGGCACUUUACGAAACACGUUAUUUAACGCGUAUUUACAGUCAUGAUGAAUCCCAUACUCGCGGGUGAGUUGUUGUUCUUCGCCAUCUUCGGUCAGACGACACACGAACAAUUCAAGGUACACAGGUUCCAGCCCUUAUGGACAACCGUCCUCUUCAAGAUCACCUUCGGUAUUUACAUGUUGGUGUCGGUGGUGGUGCUUAUUAAUCUUCUGAUUGCUAUGAUGAGUGAUACCUACCAGCGGAUACAAGCACAGUCGGACAUCGAGUGGAAAUAUGGAUUGAGCAAGCUUGUUCGAAAUAUGCACAGGUAG